AUGCAAUCCAAUUUCCUCAUUUUGUGCAUUUCAUUUUUGGUGAAUUUCGUGCAGUUCGACCACGGCUACACAAACAUCGAGGAGGAGAGACAGGACAUAGGCUUCCUGGAACGAAUACAAAUGGCAGCACAAGAGUCAUACCCAUGGCGAUGUGCAUGCGGGAGACUGAACGGGAAACGACAUACGUUCUGUCCCACAUGCCAGAAGCACUGGAGCAGCGGACAGCCGCAUUCCAAUGCUCCGAAGUCGCCACGAGCAGUUGCCCAACAGUCGCAAUGGGACUGGGGCUACAACCAGAAGACGAAGCAGAAGAAAGGGCGAACGAGGCCCUGGAAUCAGGCAGAUCGAAGCGAGAGCGCACGAGCCCGCAAAGGAGGAGGCAAAGGAAAAGGAAGCAAAGGUGCCAUGAGCAGCGAGCAGUUAUCACAGCCCGCUCAAGCAGCAGCUAUCCCACCAUGGCCCUCUCCAGAAGCUCCAGCCAGCUCUCAACAAGAGCCAAUUCCACCGACACUAUCUGCAACAGCUCAAGCAGGCGCGGAGUUACUUGCAGCAGUUCGGAAGUCCUAUCCGGACCUUGCAAAGGCCCCGGACGACAUCAAAAAGGCAGUGGACAAGGCCGACAAAGCGACCUCCAAAGCCUUAUCAAAAGACCUCAAUCGAGCAUCCAACCAAGUCGGAAAAGCUGCCCGACAUCUGGCUUCAGUGAAGGAUGCCAGAACCGCACACCGACAAAAUUGGUUGAAGCAUUUGCGCGAUUCAGUCAACAGCUGGCAAAAGCAGCUGCAGCUCUUCAAAGAUCAGCAGAAGGAAUAUGGAGAUCAACUACUACAAGCCCAGCAGGAAUUGACUGCAGCCAGAAGGCAACUGCAGCAACUCAACAAGCAGGCAGCAGAAGUCGGUGCACCAAUCUCUACCGAAGCUGGCGACACAGGCAGAGAGACAGCAGAUGGGGACAAUGGAGCUGCCUUCGAAGCCGAAGCCAACGCACUUGUGCAACAGGUGCAAGAGAGCUUGCAACAGAGCAUAGCUGCAGCCGCAGAAGCAUCCGAAACUAUGGAGAUCAAUUCAGACGACGAUACAGACCGAAAGAGCAAAAGACCUCGCUCUAUGGAGCCGUUCGGCACUCCAAUGGCGGCAUUGGGCGAGCAGCAUGCCUCAUCGCCACCCUCGUGA